GUUCAUUCAGCCAGAGUCAACAAGUUACUCAGGGCUUAACUGUUUCAGAGGAGCAGUUCCUUAUGAGCAGACACCAUGCAGUUCUCUCUGUGCAGGUUGCGUACCCACCAGUGGUGUUUCCUGCUCUUUAAUGUGCUUCUGUUCCAUGCCCUGUUGUUUGGGGCUGACUUCGUAGAGGAGUACAUUCUCCAGCCCACCCCAGGGGUGUACACAGAUGGAACAGUCCUGGACGUGAGGGAGAGGGCCCGUAAACUAGACCUGAGUGGGACCAGGGGGAAUGAGUCCCAGUAUUACCCUAUUACAAACCCAAAUGCCUGCCUGAACAGUGAUCUCUUCCUCCUCACCAUCGUCUUCAGUUCCCCAAGCAAUCACACCCAGAGGAACGCGGUAAGGGCCACUUGGGCCAACCAAACACGGGUCCAGAGUUUUGCCGUGAGAACACUCUUCUUCCUGGGAUUGUCUCCCUCCACCGCCACCCAGGAGACUGUUAUGACGGAGUCCGGUCGCCAUGGCGACAUGGUCCAAGGAUACGUGAAUGACUCCCCUCAUGGUCAGGCCGAGAGGGAGGUGUUGGCGUUACGGUGGGUGGUGGCUUUCUGCCCAGUAGCCAGGUUCGUCCUGAUCACACAGGACUCUGUGUUUGUCAACCUCCCUGCAUUAGGGGGUUACCUACUCGGGCUAAGAAGGCACCCUGAGGACCUCUACUUGGGGAGGGUGAUACACAAAGACACCCCCGACCGAGACCUCUCUAGUCCCAGCUACUUAGCUCCAGCCCUCUAUCCAGACAGAUAUCUCCCAGACUACUGUGCCAGAACUGCCUCUGUCCUCUCCCAGGAUGUGGUCAGGAAGGUGUAUGUGGCGUCAGCUGGGGUCCGUGCCACCCUUCCCGCUGAUGUGUUUGUGGGCCUGUGUGCCUGGAAGGCCGGGGUGGUACCCACCCACAGUGCACGCUUCUCAGGGGAGAAACACAUUCAUUAUAAUGACUGCUGUUAUCGCUACCUGUUCAACACCGCAGGGAUGGGGAGUGAGGAGCUUGGGACAGUGUGGGCAGAUCUGGGCCAGGAGGAUGGAGGAUGUUCCCUUCUAGAGACCUACUAUGGCCUGGUGGCUUGCAAGGCUCUCACUUACCUGGACAAACUGUCCUUCUUCAACUCAAAGGGACAGGAAGACUGAAUCCAAAUCCAAUCAAAUUGUAUUGGUCACAUACACAUGAUUAGCAGAUGUUAUUGUGAGUGUAGCGAAAUGCUGCUGCUUCUAGAGCCGACAGUGCAGCAAUAUCUAACGGGUAAUAUCUAACAAUUCCACAACAAAACCUAAUACACACAAUCUAGUGAAGGAAUGGGAUAAGAAUAUCUAAAUAUUAAAUGGAUGGAUAAGCAGUGAAAGUGACUAAGAUGCAAUAGAUAGUGUAGGAUACAGUAUAUACAUAUAAGUGUGUGUGUGUGUGUAUACGUUGGAAUUUGAGUCUCAGUAUUACAUUUCAGUUUUUAUUUCAGGAAACAAUUCCCUACUUUAUUUGAUCAUGUAAAUAUGAAGCGGAUUAAAUAUUAAUUGAAGUGUUGCAGUUAAAGGGAUUUGAUUACGAAAGGCAAGAUUGUUUUGCAGUAGAAGCCAGAUAUUGUUGCUGUGGGGGGAGGUGCUGAUUUUGGAAUGUAACCAUACUUUAUAAGUUAUAUAUCAUCAACGAUACUAUUUAGGCCUGUAUAGCAUUUGUGAAGUCAUCAUCAGCUGUUGUUUCAAUCCAACCCAGGGUUCACAUAUUGUGAAUGGAUCAACUUGCCCGAAGCACCCUAACACAGGCGGGAGGCAUAAAAUGAACAGACCAGAGGCAGUGGCUGUGGUUCCUUUCGUUUUCUAUCGUUUACUAAACGGCUCUUUCUUUACCCAGCAAAAUAACUCGAGUACAGGGAACGGCCAACGCUGAAACACCAGCGUAGCGAAACAAAUUAACCUAAUCUAAACCGUUGACCAAAAUGCCGUGGCCAAAAAGCGAAAGCAAAACAACAAACAGCUACUCCUGUCUUAGACUAUCGUCUACACACAAGUAACAGGGGGAAGGCUUCUCUCUACCUAAAGCCUGCCUUGGUUAAGAGACAAGGUGCCCCAGUCACAGACGCUUUCUCUGAGGUAGGAAACCCUGACGUCCUCACAGGUCCCGGUCGCUACUCCCAAUCUUUCCCUAGCUCCUCUCCUGGCACACCUAUAUAGAGGAAGACACAAAGCAAUUAGUGGGCCCAGCUGUGUACUAAUUGGCUUUACACGGAGUACCUAUCCCCUGAGGAGGGUGUUGUCGUGCCGUCUACCUCCGGCUGGUCACUGAACUCUCACAAUAUGGUUUUAAAUUUAGGUUGAUUUUAAUUUUAAUCUUCAAUUUAGUUAUUCAUAUGUCAGAUUAAUGUCACCAUCUCAGGCCAAUUUGUUUUUAUCUUGAGCGGAUGGACAAGGGGCCAGAACAUAAUUACAAAUAAUUUGUAGACUGCAAAUUGACUGCAAGAAGCCCAAACAGAUAUAACUUCACUUUAUCACAGGUGACAGUUUUAAUACUUAUCACUGCAUCCUGUAUCGAAAGUCUCGUAGAUCACGUUUUGCUUAAAAAGCUCUAUACAAGCCUCUGACCUACCUCACUGUUAAAAUGUUAGAAUAUGAGACACCAAACCCGUUCACAGGGUUCACAGGGAUGGUAAACUCUCGAGGGUAGCCAUCUCGAUCUAUGUUAAUCCAUCUUCAGUUUUACUGCCCCCAUUUUUGGAAUAGCCUACAAAACUCCCUACAUCUUGACUCUCUGGUGCCUCUGGCGCAGUUUAGGACUUUAAUUGUUGAAUGAAUUUAAUGAGAAUUGCAACUGCUUGGAUUUGUGGUGUUUGAAGCUGUGGUGUUAAUUCUGUAAUUGUGUUUUUUUUUUUUUUUAAUUUAUGCAAUCAUUUUUUAUUUAUUGUCCUCAUUGUCACGCCCUGACCAAACCAAAAUAGAGACAUAAAAAGGUCAGGGCGUGAGUUGGGGUGGGCAUUCUAUGUUGUGUGUUCUAUGUUUUCUAUUUCUGUGUGUUUGGCCGGGUGUGGUUCUCAAUCAGAGGCAGCUGUCUAUCGUUGUCUCUGAUUGAGAACCAUACUUAGGUAGCCUUUUCCCACCUGUGUUUGUGGGUAGUUGUUUUCGGUUUUGUGUUGCUGGACCUGA